UCAGAAACCAAAUUUAUUGUCAUCCUGUAACCUUCUUCUUCUUAUCCUACGCCACCCCUCUCCCCAUCCCCAAGGCGCAAAGUCCAUGUCCACCACCUCCUAGCGUGCACUCAAAGGAAAGACUUAUAAAUCUUUACACCUAAAUAAACCCAGACAGGAAAGUUCACGCACAAGGGUGACUGUUACCAAUCCUGUUUUUCUUCCAAUUUCCUCAAUCAAGGCACUCCCAACACUUAUAUUUAAACUUGUCAGAAAUGACAAAUUUUCAUUUCAUUUCUUGAAGGAAUUCUGCAAUGAAAAUCAUUUUACUCUUGUUAUCAAUACUACCUAAUAUCUUUGCAAUAUCAGCAACGUCAAUCAGUAGAGCAGAUUUUCCAAAUGGGUUCGUCUUUGGAACAGCUUCUUCAGCUUACCAGUUUGAAGGAGGAGUUAAUGAAGGGAACAAAGGAGCUAGCAUAUGGGAUACUUUCACCAAACAAAGACCAGGAAGAAUCGUGGAUUUCAGUAACGGAGACAUAGCAGUUGAUCAGUAUCAUCGUUUUAAGGAUGAUGUCAACUUAAUGAAGGACUUGGGAGUGGACGCUUAUAGAUUUUCAAUAUCAUGGUCGCGGAUAUUUCCCAAUGGAACUGGAGAACCGAAUCCGGAAGGAAUAGAAUACUACAACAACCUUAUAGAUGCUUUGCUGGUAAAAGGAAUAAAACCAUAUGUCACUCUCUAUCACUGGGACCUUCCACAGGCACUUGAAGAUAGAUAUGAUGGAUGGCUGAGCAAUCAGAUAAUAGAAGACUUCAAUCGGUAUGCUUAUACCUGCUUUGAAGCUUUUGGCGAUAGAGUGCAAUACUGGAUCACCUUCAACGAGCCUCAUGGAUUUGCACUUCAGGGUUAUGACAGUGGUCUUCAAGCCCCGGGGAGGUGCUCCAUUCUGGGCCGCUUAUUAUGUAAGAAGGGGAAAUCAUCAACUGAACCAUAUAUUGUUGGUCACAAUAUCCUCUUAUCUCAUGCUACUGUAUAUCGUACUUACCAACUUUAUUUCAAGAAAAGACAGAGGGGAAAAAUUGGAAUAGCUCUUGAUUCCAAAUGGUAUGUACCGGUAAAUGAUGUUGAUGAGGACAGAGAUGCUGCACAAAGGGCGAUGGAUUUUGGGCUUGGAUGGUUCUUUGAUCCCCUAUACUAUGGCGAAUAUCCUCUCUCGAUGCGGAAGCUGGUAGGUGAGAGAUUGCCAAAGAUCACAGCCGAGACGUCCAGAUUGUUGUUGGGGUCAUUCGAUUUUCUGGGCCUAAAUCAUUACACUACAUUAUAUGCAAGAAAUGACCGAUCUAGGAUCAUGAAAAUGUUACUACAAGAUGCUACAUCUGAUGCUGCGGUCAUCACGUCGUCAUAUCGGCAUGGAAUAGCAAUAGGAGAUAAAGCUGCCUCCAACUGGCUGCAUAUAGUACCAUGGGGCAUAAGGCAAAUAGCAAAUUAUGUGAAGGAUAAGUACAACAAUCCACCAGUUAUUAUAACUGAAAACGGUAUGGAUGAUCCUAAUAGUCAUUCGACAACCUUAACUACUGCUUUACAAGAUGAUAAGAGGAUUAACUUCCACAGAGAUUAUCUUUCAAAUUUAUCUGCUGCAAUAAGGCAAGAUGGCUGCAACAUAAACGGUUAUUUCGUAUGGUCACUACUAGAUAACUGGGAAUGGAACUUUGGCUACACUGUUCGAUUUGGUCUCUACUUUGUGGACUACAAAAACAACUUGACAAGGAUCCCAAAGUCAUCCGUUCAGUGGUUCAAAGGUGUCCUUAAACAGCCAGAAUCUUAUUCAGCUAUUUAAAUAUAUGUCUUUUUGAGUCUCAUAUAAACCACAUUCUUAAAAGUUCACAAUCAUUAGGGACAUGUAUACAAGAUCUUGUAGUAGAACAUCAACCAUGAACAGACACGGUUGGGUUUGUAAAGAAAUUUCACACACGAUCAAUUGAAAGGUCAAGCACAAACACAAAAUUGUAUAGUCUGAAAAUAAAAGAAUGGUCCAGGUUAUCUGAUCCUCAAUACAUUACAUAAUUAACACAACAUCUCAGAUUGUUUCAAA